AGCUCAUUCUGGUGGGAAAUACUGAAUCUAUUGGAUGGAAUCGUGCCCAAAAUAAAGCAGGACAGUGACAAGCUCUGCAGCCUCGCUCAGUCAGUCAGUCAGAACAGAAGACGCUAGCUGCUGCAGCAGAUGGACAAACAGAUGGGCAGAAGAUUGUUCCUCUGUGCCAUCAUCCUCAAUCUUGCAUUAGCUCCAGGACUGUUUGCCAACUCCAGCACCCAAAAUGAGCAUGCAACUUGAAUUGAAGAAUGUGCAUCUGAGAACUGGAGAUCAGCUGAAAAUUAAGGGCAUAAUUCUGCAUGAUGCUGAUAGAUUCCAGAUUGACCUCGGCUGUGAUGCAGACGACCUGGCACUGCACUUUAACCCUCGUUUCCAUGAUGACGCUGAUGGAGCGGUUGUAGUUUGCAACUCAAAGGCUGCUGGUUGCUGGGGCGAUGAGAAACGGGAAAUACACAACCCCUUAAAAAGGGGCGAAGAUGUCAAGAUUGUGCUGAAGCUGGCUGGAGACGUGUUUGAAGUGGAGCUUCCUGACGGACAGGAAAUCCAGUUUCCCAACCGUGAAAACAUGGACGUGAUCAGCUACAUCAGAAUCACAGGGGACCUCCAACUGACUUCCUUUAAGAUCUGCUAAGAGACACAAACAUGCCACGUUUAUCAGUUCGGUUAAAGACAAGACUUUGAGACUUGGUCAGUAAUUGUAAGAAAUAUGAAUCACUGAGAGAUGUAUCUUCAUUUAAAAAUGUCCUGUUGUGCAUGAGAAUAUAAAAUGUUUGAAUUCAAGUGAG